AUGGUGUCUCCAUCUCAACCAGAGGAUGAAAUGCGUCCAUCGCACAACUCGCGUUUGUCUCUUGUCGAUCACUUUACACCCAAUGGCAAUGGAAUGGCUAGUGCGACAAAGAGACUUGGUAUGACGCAAGGUGGUCCACGUCCAUCUAUGAUGGCUUCUAUGAUGAGACCCUCUGCCAUGAUACGACCAUCUGUGGUCACGGACUUGAGCAAUAAUUUUUCCCAAACAAAAAUCCUCGAUGCUCAUGUCCAAAUUUUUGCUAACGAUGUGCUGAUGGAGGGUGAAUUGACAAAAAAGGGGGAGUCUGGUCUUCGAAAUUGGAAACAGCGUUUGUUUGUGCUACGUGGACAAGAGCUAUCAUACUAUACCAUUGACUCGAAACAGCGAUGUGGUGCAUUGAAAGGCACUUGGGAUGUUGUAGGAGCAUCCGUGGAACGUCAAGACAAUUUGUCACUCAGUUUAAAGUUGGCCAGUGGAAGUGCUCGGAUUCUUGGAGCUCCUAAUGUGCAGACGCUUAUGGAUUGGAUGACGGCUAUUGCAGUCGCUGCAGAGGCUCAUUUUGUUGAGCCCAUGACGGACUUGUCACUGGUAGACCAAAGCCGUACGACGCACAUCAUUUUGGUGCGUCAUGGUCAUUAUGUCAGGUCGGAGACGCCGUCAAUAGACAUGAAUGGAUCGUUGACGGAAUUGGGAGUGCAGCAGGCCCGUACGACGGGUAAAUUCCUGCACACUUAUUUGUCGGAGAGGAUGGUGUUGAAACGGUUUCCCAAGCUCCCAGUGUACCACAGCGGCAUCCAUCGAGCAGUUGAGACAGCAGAACGGAUUGGGGAGGCUUUCCCGCCAGGAUCGCUGGAGCUUCGUGAGAACAAGUUGUUCCGUGAGGCGUGGCCGGGUAACCCGUUGCCGAAUGGCAACCGUCAGCAAUUGGCAAGAGAGAAGCUCGAUAACAUGGUGUCAGACUGUGCUCGCCUCAAAAUUGCAUAUCGCACCAUGUUUCGACACCUGAUUCCACAGGACGUGGAGAUGGAGGAGCGUGAUUUGAGCCAAGAAGACCACGAGCGCUAUGUCAGCAAAUUUGCCAUACGCUCGACGCAGACUCGUGCGACUGACAGAUUCCGUGUGGUGGUGUGCCACUCUAACAUUAUCCGAUGGUUUGUGUGCAAAGCGUUGGGUGUGAACCCGGAUGGUACGUGGGGUCGCAUGCGUUACAAUCACUGCGGCAUCACUGCCAUGGAAAUCGACAGUGUCGGUAAUGUGCAGCUUACAUUCAUGAACCAGACGGGACAUUUGGAGACUACGCAGCUUACUGAGGUGUAG